AUGCGAGUCGCCACAACGGCUUCUCGAGCCUGUUCCGCUUCGUCCAGCCGGCUGCCCUCGCUAUCGUCAUGCACUCAGAUACGACCCAAGAGCAGAGGUAAAGGUUGCUCAGGUGCGGCGGUAUCGCCCUUCACCUCAUCUGCCGCUACACUUUCACCUCAGCCCCCAGCUGUUUCCAGCAAUGCUAUCCUGUCCAGCACCUCGGAUCUCGGUCGUCACUUCUACCUCAACACUGCGUUGGACUUUUGGGCUUCGAAGAAGACGCAGAAUCUCACGCUCCGUCAGCUGCUCUUCUUUGGACGCUCGCUCGGCCGGGAUCCCGACAAGAUCCUCAAAUCUGCGAAUUUUGUGCGAGAAGAGCUGCCGGUGCGGAUCGCUCAGCGGAUCAGAGAUAUGCAGAACUUGCCCUUUGUGGUCAUGACUAAUGCUCACUUGGGCGAGGUGUAUCACCUGUACUGGAAAGCCUUUGAUCGUUUCAGGAAGUUUCCGGUGAUACGCAGUCACGAGGAGAACGAGACAUAUGUGAAGCUAUUGAAGGAGCUUCUCGACGAACACCUGACAGUCAUUCCUUCUCUUGCUCUCGGCGUCGUCGAGGUGUCCGAGCACAUCCCGGCAGAACAGCUAGAGAGCUUCAUGCAAAGGAUGUUGAAGAGUCGAAUCAGCAGGAGAGUUCUCGCGGAGCAGCACAUUGCCCUCACAGAGGCUCUUGACGAUCCGUUCGCUUUUUUCUCUACCGACGAGAAUCCGGGGCCAUCCAAUCAACCAGAGCAUAUUGGCAUCAUUCACACUCACCUCUCGGUCCAGUCGAUCGUCAGAGAGUCGAUCGACCUUCUCACUCGGAUCUUCGCCAAAGACGCUAACAUGACGCCUGAGGAAGCCCUUCAAACAAAAGCCGUGCCGCAUAUGAUCGUUGAUGGCGAUCUCGAGGCGACUAUCUCUUACAUACCCGAGCACCUCUCUUUCAUCGUCUUUGAACUGAUCAAGGAUGCGAUGAGGGCGGUAAUGCGCUUCAAGCCCGAAGAGCGCGACGAUAUCCCGCUUCGAGCUACCAUCGUCGAAGGUCCGCCUGAGGACGACUUGAUCAUCCGAGUCUCUGACUGCGGAGGCGGCGUAUCUGAUCUGGUCUCAAGACUAGCAUCGUACCCCAAGCCGACGACGAACGGGGGGCCAGGGGAGUCCCUGGCACGACAGCAGCAGCCGAGCCCGCUGGAGGAUCAGCCUGCGACGGCUACCAUGCCCUCCACGAGCUUCAAUAAGAACACAGCAAUUGCUUUCUCGGCGUCCACCUCCUCUCCCCUUUCCGCAGAAGGCGCCAUCUAUCGGUCGCAGACGCCAAGCGAUUACCCAGUACCGGGAGGGCCGGCCUCAAGUCCUACUUCCACCCUCACCGAUGUCUUGUGCUCCUUCAGCCACGUGCGGCGGAGACUCGAGCUGGAAGCAGAGGCACGACAUGCAGAGGAGGAAGCACGACGGAAAACUAGUACUGAGACCACGACGGAUCCGACUGCAGCCUCGCCUUCCGAACCCACCUCUGCGGCCUCUUCUCCACCUACUAGCUCCUCCAUUUUACUAGGAGCCUCAGCCCAAGCAGGUUUGGGGUCGCGCUCCAAGCUCGAACAUCUCAAGAGGAUCGGCCGCUUCAAGGGCACUGUGGGAGAGCAGAUCGACGCUGCUGUUCCUUCCUCUUCCCGAUCUCAGUCUGCAGGCUCCGGCGCCGCCGCUGCCGACAACUCUCUCAAGACAUCACUCUCUUCCACUUCCCUUGGUAUGGCCGACACUGGGCUAGGAUUGCCGAUGGCGAGGGUGUAUGCUGAAUUCUUUGGAGGUAGUCUGCAAUUUAGGAGCUUGGACGGACAUGGACAGGAUGUGUAUAUUAGAGUGCCGAAGCUGGGGAUGGUUCGAGAGGGUACGGGCGGAAUUGGAUUAUAG